AUGCGGCUAAAAAAUCGGGCGGCGUGGCUCAAUAAGCGGGCGACGCGGCUCAAAAAUCGGCCGGCGCGGCUCAAAAAGCGGGCGGCACGGCUCAAAAAUCGGCCGGCGCGGCUCAAAAAUCGGCCGGCGCGGCUCAAAAAUCGGACGGCGCGGCUUGAAAAUCGACCGGCGCGGCUCAUAAAAUGGGCCGGCGCGGCU